AUGCACGCCGGUGGAGCCACCGCCUCGCAGCCCUCGAUCUCGUCGCCCCCCAGUGUCAGUCCCGCCCUCGCGCCCGCCCCCGCCUCGAUCGGCCGCAAGAACAGCACCGACGACCUGGCCGCCGAAGUCUCGGCGUCGCCCCCCGUGCACACGCCGUCGGACGCGCGCCUGCUGUACCGCGAGUGGCGCACGGGCUCGCACGUCGGCGCCGACCUCGCGCGCCUCGAGAGCCCCGACCCCAACAGCAGCAGCACGAGCCCCGGCGCGCCCAUGAGCAGCGAGGACGUGCUCAGCCGCUCGCCCUUCGGCGUCUACGGCCGCUCGCCGUCGUCCCUGCCGCGCAUCGCCGAGCGCCUGGAGAACGUCCCGCUGCGUGCCAACGUGCCGCCCGCCGCGCCCAUCGUCCCGCAGGACGUGGACGCCCGCGCGCGCCUCCUGUCGCAGAAGAUCGCCGCCAUGGACGCGGCCCAGCCGCCGGCGCCCUUCGCCAAGGCGCAGUCCGGCUCGUACGGCUCCGCGGAGCCCAGCGAGCCGGCCACGGGCAUCAAGAAGGCGCAGAGCUACCAGGCGCUGGCCGAGCUGGAGAAGAAGGGCUACUUCCCCGUCGCGCCCAAGCCCUCGGCGCUCGGCGUGCAGCGCGGCCUCAAGGACUCGGUGGUCAACGACAUGUGCCGCGCCGUCGUCAAGCACAUGGUGGGCGACGUGUACGUGUCCGCGUCCGGGUCGUACGGCCAGCGCAAGGUGCUCAACCACCUGUACGAGCCCGUGUUCGCCUCCGUGCAGGCCCACUUCCGCCGCCUCCCGGCCAGGUACGCGCUGUCGGUGAACCCGGACGACGUGCCGCUGCACAUGCGCCUGCUGUCCAAGAACCAGCGCGACCCGACGGCCAUCGCCGUCAACGCGCAGCUCAAGAAGGACGACAACGGAGAGAUCGUGCCCAAUGUGUGCGAGGUGGUGGUCGUGUCGCUGGACCGCGAGAACAUCCUGGACGCCAUCACGCGCGCACUGACGAUGAUGAAGGGCAACAUCCUGGACGCCGACGUGAUGACCACGGCGGACGGCACGCUGCUGGACCGCUUCGUGGUGAAGGGGUCGUUCAUGAGCGACGAGCGGCAGGAGGAGCUGCGCUCGCUCAUCGAGCAGAACCUGCGCAGGCUCAGCAUGGACGAGGACACGAGGCCCAGUGCCAGCAGCUCGCAGGACUCGGGUAAUGAAAAUGUGAGCCUGGCCGAGAAGCUGGGCGUGCUGCAGAUGGUGGACAAGAACGAGAUCAAGGCAGAGUGGAAGCUGGACCUGAACGAGGUGCGUCUGGAGAAGGCAGUCGGCGCAGGACGUUCAGGUAGCACCUACAGCGCGUGGUGGAGGGGAACGCACGUGGCCGCCAAGGUGGUCGACUCGUCCACCAACACGGAGGCGGUCGGAGAGGAGCUGCUCAACGAGUUUCAUCGCGAAGUGGCUGUUGUCAGCAAGCUGCGCCACCCCAAUAUCGUCCUGUUCCUCGGGGCAGCCAUCAACCCACCUCGCUACUGCUUGGGUAAGUUCUCUGGGUGCUGUGCGGAUUUUUUGGCAGUAUUAUUCUAA